UUGUGUCGGACCUACUAAAAUCAGCUUUUUUCGCCGGAGAUGAUGGAUUCAUCAGUGGAAGCUUUGGAGAAGAUCUUGAACUACAGUUUCGUGAACAAGACUCUUCUCAAGGAAGCCUUAACUCAAACAUCUCCUUUAUUCAAUCGGCUUGAGUUCCUCGGCGACUCGGUUCUUGAAGUCGCCUUCACUAAUUACAUCCACCACACUUACCCUAAUCUCAAACUCAAGGAGUUGCGUGACUUGCGAACUGGUAAUGUUAGUAACGAUAAGUUCGCUCGUGUCGCCGUCAACCACAACCUCUACCAAUCCCUUUUACGCCACAAUCCUUCUCUUUCUACAAAGAUUAAAGAGUUCUCAGAGGCAGUAAGCAAAGAAUGUGAUCCUGUUCCGUAUGGUGGAUUAGUGAAAGCACCAAAAAUUCUUGCUGACAUUGUAGAGUCCAUAGCUGGAGCUGUGUACAUUGAUGUGAAUUUUGAUAUACAAAGACUCUGGGAGAUCUUCAGGGGACUUUUCGAGCCAAUUUAUACAAUGGAUGAUCUACGGCAGCAACCUAAACCACCUUUUCUUACGCUCUUUCGUUUGGCUGAUAAACACGGCAAGCGAGUCGACUUCAGGUAUUCGAAAGAUGACAACAGCAAGAAGAAAGUUGCUGAGGUAUAUCUUGAUGAUGUAUUUAUAGCUUCUGGCUGUGCUAAACGUAUAGAUACCGCGAAGCUGCUUGCUGUUGAGGGAGCGGUGCAGAAGUUGUCAGAAUUUAUUAUGCCCAUUGAAAAGAUUAUUGGUGAGGUUAGUCCACUUGUUGAACCUGAGGAUGCCAAAGGGAAGUCUUUUGAGAUUUGCUCCACUGCCUGUGAGAGCCCUUUAGCCGAUGAAAUGAGACAAGAAGAAAUGGUUAUUGAUGAGGAUAGUCCACUUGUUGAACCUGAAGAUUCGAAAGGGAAGUUGUUUGAGAUUUGCUAUAGUAGAAAGCUUCAGAUACAGACUGGAUCAUCUUCGUUGGCCGAUGCCUCUGCCAACAUGUUAACCUAUGAAUUUACAACAAAACAAAUGGUUGUUGAUAAGGAUAGUCUACAUGUUGAACCUGAAGAUGUGAAAGGGAAGUUGUUGGAUAUUUGCACCAAGAAUAAGUGGCCUAAGCCGGUUUAUAGUGUUGAAGAACAGAAAGGGCCAAAAAAUGAACCGAGAUUUGUUUGUUCAGUUAAGAUUGAGAUCCCAACUACAGAAGCUACAUUUCACAUGAAGGGAGAUAUAAAAUCAAAGAAAAAGCAAGCAGAAAACUCCUCAGCGUACCACAUGAUAAGAGCCUUGGAAUCUUCUCUAAUGAGUCUUGUUAUAAGUAAUCUGCAAAUGUCGAAAAGUUUAGAUAAGCAGAAUCCAUCUAUUGUCAGCUCAGAGAUGGAUUCUGAUUCAGUAGAAGCACUGGAGAAGAUCUUGAAUUACAGUUUCGUGAACAAGAAUCUUCUGAGAGAAGUGCUAACACACAAUAAUUCACCUUCAUUCCAGCGGCUUAUAUCCGUCGGUGAGCCAGCUCUUUCUCUUGCCUUUAUGAAACACAUAUACCUCACGUACCCUAAGCUCGAACCGAAGGAUUUGUCUUUGUUGCGAGAUGCGAAUACAUGUAACGACAGAUACGCUCGUGUCGUUGUUAAAAAAGGCAUCAGCCAAUUUGUUAUAAAGCCAGAAAGAAUGAUUGUGGAGUUCAUAGAGAUGAUGGGCAAAGAAGAUGAUCCUGAUCCAGAUCCAUACAGAACGGUGAAAGCUCCAAAAGUUCUUGCUAAUCUUGUACUUGCUGUAGCUGGAGCUGUUUAUAUUGAUGUAAAUUAUAAUGUACAACGACUCUGGGAGGUCUUCAGGGGUCUUUUCGAGCCAUUAUAUACACUUGAUGAUUUACGGCUGCAACCUAAACUACCAUUUGUUACACUUUCUCGUUUGGCUGAUAAACACGGCAAACAAAUCGACUUUAGGUAUUCGAAAGAUGUUGACAGCAGAAAAAAUAUCGCUGAGGUAUACUUUGAUGAUGUAUUUAUAUCUUCUGGGUGUGCUAAACGUUUAGAUACUGCAAAGCUGCUUGCUGCUGAGAAGGCGUGGCAGAAGCUGUCAGAAUGUAUGCCUGUUAAAAAGAUUGUUGAUGAGGUUAGUCCACAUGUGGAACCAGAAGAUGUGAAAAGGAAGUCGUUUGAUAACCAUUUAACCGAUGAAACGACGCAAGAACAAGUGGUUAUUAACGAGGAUAGUCGUCAUGUUGAACAUGAUGAUGUGAAAGGGAAUUCGUUUGAUAUUUGCUCCACUGAAAAGCUCCAAUUACAGGCUGAAUCAACUUCUUUGCCCAUCAGCUUUGAUAACCAUUUAAAAGAUGAAGUGACACAAGAACAAAUGGUUAUUGAUAAGAAUACUCCACAUGUUGAACUUGAAGAUGCGAAAGGGAAGUUGUUUGAGUUUUGCUCUACUAGGAAGCUUCAGACACAGACUGGAUUAUCUUUGUUGCCUACUGCUGCUGAGAACCCGUCAACCUAUGAAAUAACAACAAAACAAAUGGUUGUUGAUAAGGAUAGUCGACAUGUUGAACCCGAAGAUUUGAAAGGCAAGUUGUUUGAUAUUUGCGCAAAGAAUAAGUGGCCAAACCCGAUUUUCAGUGUUGAAGAAGACAGAGGGCCGAACAAUGAGCAGAAAUUUGUUUGUUCAGUUAAGCUUGAGAUCCCAACUAUAGAAGGUUCCUUUAACAUGAAGGGAGAUGCAAAAUCAAAGAAAAAGGAAGCAGAAAAUUCAUCAGCGGAUCACAUGAUAAGAGCCUUGAAAUCUCCUGUAAUGAGUCUUGUCAUAAGUAAUCUGCAAAUGCCAAAAAGUUUGGAUGAGAAGAAGAAGAAUCUGCUAAUGCAGGAGGAAAGUUUAGAUGAAAACAAGAAUCUGCAUUCAAAGAAGAGGAGAACUGUUUAAGUCUUUUUUUUUUUUUUGGGGUAAAUUCUCUUUAUUCACAGUUUACAAUUGCUCAUUGCAUCUGUUUAUAUAGUGUGCAAUGACAGAAAAAGUCUCUAGAUUCCAAAAAUAGUUCCUCCAUUCUCUCACACUUUUGUCAUUCUGUGUCUACUUCACAUCCUAUGCGCUCGAUCUUUCUUUUUA